ACCCCUUUUCCCUCCCACUAAAGUAAUAGGGUCCUCUCCACCAGACAAGAAUCACACAUUGUUAAUAAUCAGCCAAUCAAACCAAACAUCCAUGAAGCUUUGUUCAACUAUUUUCUAUUCACUAAUCUUUUUAUGUUCUCUUUUAUCUUAUAUUUUAUUCAAGAAAGAAAAGAGGAGGCACAAAAGUAGAGCUAGGCUUCCCCCGGGUUCAAUGGGGUGGCCUUGCAUCGGAGAGACUCUUCAAAUGUAUACACAAGACCCGAAUGUUUUCUUUGCGUCAAAGCAGAAAAGAUACGGGGAUAUAUUCAAAACUCAUGUACUUGGAUAUCCUUGUGUUAUGCUAGCAAGCCCUGAGGCGGCUCGGUUUGUACUAGUGUCUCAUGCUCACUUGUUUAAACCUACAUACCCAAAAAGUAAAGAGAAGUUGAUUGGACCAUCAGCACUUUUUUUUCACACUGGAAACUAUCAUGCUUGCAUGAGGAAGUUGGUUCAAACCUCAUUUUCGCCAGAAGUAACCCGAAAGCUGAUUCCUGAUAUUGAAAGACUAGCCGUAUCUUGUCUGGAAUCAUGGGCCAAUGGUCAAGUCAUUAACACUUUCCUCGCUAUGAAGAAGUUUGCUUUUGAGGUGGGCGUGUUGUCGAUCUUCGGUCAGCUGAACAAGAAAUAUACCGAUGAGCUGAAGGAGAAUUAUAGCAUCUUAGAAAAAGGUUACAAUUGUUUCCCUUUAAAGCUACCAGGAACUGCAUAUCAUAAAUCUUUAAUGGCAAGGAAAAGGCUUAAUCAGAUUCUUGGUGAAAUCGUCCGUGAAAGGAUGGAAAAUAAGUUGUCAGCAAACAAUCUCUUAGGUCACCUCUUGAACUUUAGGGAUGAAAAAGGGAACAUAUUAAGCGAAGAACAAAUAGCAGAUAACAUCAUUGGGGUGCUGUUUGCAGCUCAAGAUACAACAGCUAGUGUUCUCACAUGGAUACUAAAAUAUCUAAAUGGUAACCCCAAACUUCUAGAUGCUGUUAAGGGAGAACAGAAGGCUAUUUUGGAAUCUGAAUGUGGAGAAAACCGGUCCUUGACUUGGGCAAUGACAAGGAAAAUGCCACUCACAUAUAGAGUAAUAUUAGAGAGCCUGAGGAAGGCAAGUGUUAUAUCUUUUACCUUUAGGGAAGCAGCAGAGGAUGUUGAAUAUGAGGGAUACCUUAUUCCAAAAGGAUGGAAAGUGAUGCCAUUGUUCAGGAAUAUUCACCAUAAUCCAGAAUUCUUUGCUGAACCAGGAAACUUUGAUCCCUUCAGAUUUGAGAAUCCUCCAAAACCUUACACAUACAUGCCAUUUGGUAGCGGACAACAUGCUUGUCCAGGAAAUGAACUCGCAAAGCUCGAAAUGCUUAUUCUACUCCACCAUAUGCUUACAAAGUAUAGAUGGGAAUUGGUGGGUUCAGCAAACUUAAUACAAUAUAGUCCAUUCCCAAUUCCAGAAAAUGGCCUCAGAGCAAGGUUUAAGAAAGAAAUUUGAGAGCCAACACGAGUUCUCUCAAACAAGAAUGUCUCGUCAAUUCAAUUAAUUAUUACCAGCGCGUGCGCCAUGCCCUAUGUUUUUACCGGGGUCUAGCUACAGCUAUAAUACUUGGUGUAUAUCCCAUUUGUAUUGUAUCCAUGAUGUCAAAAGUUGCAUAGUAAUUUAUUAUCAUUGAGUCCUUAUGGGCCAUAUGUAAGCAACAAUAAAAAAAACUCUCCUAUCAUAAGGAUAUUUUUUUUUGGUUCCUAUCUUAUAAUAAAACUCUUAAUUCAUAUA